AUGUACGCGCAGUCCAAGAAGCCGCCUAUGCAUGGGCAGGUCCUCAUGCACUCACAAUCACAAUACGACAAACCUAGCUACCCGCCUCAAUACGAUCAAGCCCAGUACGGCCACCCUCAACCUAGAGGUCCUCAGUACGAGGCCCCUCCAAUGGGACAACCUCAGUAUGGACAGCCUCAGUAUGGACCUCCCCCAACAGGACAACCUCAUUACGGACAGCCACAAUAUGGCCAACCCCAAUAUGGCCAACCCCAAUAUGGUCAACCUCAGUAUGGCGAGCCUCAAAAUGGACAAGCACCUUACGGACAGCUUCAGCCCGGUCCCAAUCCCAUGUUUAGAGGGCAAUCCACCCCAGACCCCAGGUACGACUCACAAGCUGGGAUGACCACCAUGGGAGGGCCACUGCCUCUGCCCAUCGUGAUCCCGCAGCAGCGCCCAGGGUCUCAGGAGCGAGGCUUCAUGGCCGCCUAUGCGCCAUCUCUGGAGUCAUGCGGCAUCGACCAAAGGUCGUUCCUGCGCUUCAUCGAUGAGACUAACACGGCCUUGGAGGGCAACAAGUACCUCGCCGGCGUUCAAGUCGUCUCUCUUGGCGUGGGCUUCACUCCCGAAAUCAUCGUCAUGGGCGUCGCCGCGGCGGUGCAAGCGGGCGCCUGGGCGGCCAACAAGGGCUACGUCAGAGGAAGGACCAACAACAUCAUGGACAAGUACAACCGCGAGCUUUUCGCACCUCACGGUCUGUUCUGCAUGAUUAUGAAACAUGAACCUGAGCUCAAGGAGCCCAAGAAUCCCAACCGUCUCAAACAGCUUGCCUCACUAGCUGUCAACGGCUCGAGCAAUGGCGGCGGCAGUGCAUGGAUGCGUAACCACAUUUCCGGCGAGUCGCAGGGACCUGGGGGUCUGCCUACGGCUGUCGCACCGCUUGUCUACAUGGACAACCACCGCCAACACAAGAAGUACCUGUCCGAUUCUCCGCCUGAGUCACCAGGCUCCAAGAGGGGUGUCGUCCCCGCCGGAGGCAAGACUUCGACCAAGGACAAAGCCAAGAAGGCCUUUGACAACUUCAACGACUACCUCGACCGUCGCGCUCGCGCAAAGUACACCGCCGAGAACGGCAACGACGUGCUAAGUGGGCCGGCUGGUCGUGGCUUCAGCAACCGGUACCUUGACCCCAAUCAUCCGGCCGUCAACGGAGGUCUCAUCGGUGUGCUCUCCGGCGGCGUGUUGAGUCCUACCCCGGAGCAGCGUGCGCAGAAGGUGGCCGGCAGAAUUGAUGAAGAAGAGAAGAGAGUCCUUGACGAGUACAACGACAGGAGGGAGCGCAUCUUGAACGACCGACGCAGUCAAUCCGAGACAGAUCGGGAGUUGAGGCGGUUGGAGAAGGACUACGAGCCUCGUCUGGAGCAGUUCCGCAAGAAGAGAAGGGCGCUGGAAGGUGGUAAAAGAUCCAUCAAGAGCAACAUUUUGUACCUGAUGAUUGUCAACCUUCCUUCAGAGGCCAUCCUUGCUGCCGCUUCGUCGAAUCUGGAGCAGGAAUAUGGUCACAGUGUCAUGACGGAGACGAUGUCACCUCCAGCGUACUAA